GGCCACCUGGGGUAGUUUCUUUCCGGGUUGGGAGCGCGCGCCUGCAGCUGUUGGGGCCGGGGGCGGCGGGUCGCGGCGCGGGGCGAGGGCGGCGCGGGGCCGCGGUCCCCGCCCGCGCCCCGCAGCCGGCUCGGGGCUGCUUCCCGAGCCGGCACCUCCAUUCCCCCCUCCUCCUAGCAGGCGCUGCGCUUUGUUCCGCGCAGCGUCGCGAGGGGUUUUCCCAGGCUCCGCCCUCCACAUUCAUUCAUGUUUUUCCUCCCGGCGACUGUCUGUACGCGUCUUGAUCGUGCCAUGGUUUUGCUCCUUGCAGCGUGUGCGUGUGCCUGUGUGCCGGGGAGAGGGCCGGCCGCCUCGGGGCUGCGGGCUCUGGAAGUGCCCACUUGCCCGCGCCAGGGUUGAGCCGUGGGGUGGGCAGCGGCGGGCCGUGACGGAUCGGGGAUUUGCAUAUUUUACGCGUGUGCCCCGGAUCCCGGGCGGUCACGUGCCCGGGCUGCAGUCGGAGUUCACGCUUUGGAAACUUGGGCUCGCCGUGGUCGGGGGUGCGCUCAGCUCGCGCGGGCCUCUGGUGCCUGCAUUCGCCGUAGCAUCAGGGUCUCUCUGAAUGCGGUAGCGGGUGUUUUUCUGCAGGAGCCACCACUUCUCCACGGUGCUGGAUGAGCGGCGUAGUUAUUGGACCGUCAUUUUUCAUAUGCAGUUUAAAAAAAAAAACGCGUGCAGUUAGAAAUGCAAAUAUUUGCUUGCCGUGCUGACAGGGAGCCCUAUCAGGAAUCAAACACAGAGGUUGACGGUGGCCUGAAUUCCUCCUGUUUGGUUGCUGUAAUGGAACUCGCUGUAGGAUAGGAGAUGCGUUCCUGGCCCUGGAGGCUCUCCUAAGGAGAAUCGAUCCGUCCGCACUCCUGUGUGGCAGGCGAAAACACCCACGCCGGCGCAUGGAUUAAUUGAUGUACAAAGUUUAUGGAGCCAUCUUUUGUAACCCGUUCUUGGUACAGUUUGUAAACACAACAAGGAGCCCCUGAAUCAAAGAAGAUGCCUCGAACAAAACAGAUUCACCCUAGAAAUCUACGAGGGCUGCAUUCUGUGCAAACAUUGCGGAGUGCACUUGCACAGACGUGGAUGGGUGGCACAGAGCCCUCCCUGCACCUGGUGGCGUGUCACUGUACCGAGUACCUGAGACAGUUGUCAUACAGUGGUGUUCAGUGUCUGCAUGGACUAAGAGUGCAGAAACAAUACGGUGUAAAAGACAAAAUUGAAGAAGCACAAAAAGAACUGAACGGGGCAGAAGUUUCAAAAAAAGAAAUCCUAGAGGCUGGUAUUAAAGGGGCUUCGGAAUCCCUCAAAGGUGUGAAACGGAAGAAGAUUGUAGCCGAGAAUCACCUGAAAAAGAUACCAAAGUCCCCGCUGAGGAACCCUCUGCAGGCGAAACAGAAACAAAACACAGAGGAGGCAGCCUUCGCUGCCCCUCAGGGCGCUGCGGGGGCGCAGAGGAGGCAGAACCCCCUCUCUGUAAAGAACGGGAAGCAGCUCACCAGGCAGAAUGGGGACGCACCUGCGAUAGCCGCCGAGGACAGCGUCUCCCCCAAGAAGCCCCCGUUUGUCCAGCACGCGGCGGAGCUGCGCAGGUGGAGGUCGGAGGGCCCCGGGCCGGCCAGGGUCGGCGUCCUCGAUGGCAAACGGGACUCCCCGGCAGGCGCGGCCAGGCCCGCGGGCCGAGAUGGUGGCGCCUCGCCUUGCAGAGCGCCCUCCCCACCCUACACCGCGACCGCUUUCGAUGUGCUACUGAAGGCCAUGGAGCCGGAGCUGAGCACCUUGUCACAGAAGGGCUCCGCGGGUGCAAUGAAGGCUGAAAAACCACGAGCCAGCAAAACCGGACGGUCGCCUUCCAGGUUAAAAACCAGCUCCGUGGACGCCCCUGGCCAGCCCGCGUGCGAGUCAGCCGCUGGACCCCAGCCUGCUCCGGGGGCCUUGUUUGCCGCACACGUGGCCACUGUACAGCAGGAACAGGCACCAGCCCAGCCCGCGUCUCGGCCCUACAGUCGGCACGAACACUUCGUCUCCCAGCCCAGCCAGCAUCACCAACAGCUUCCCGGAUGCUCCGGGUUCGUGGGAGCGCAGCCGACGCUGCAAAGUCGGGAGAACGCCAACCUUGAGCAAGUGCAUAACACCACGGUGACGUCAUCUGUGGGCCCCCCCUGCCCUUCCAGAACUCAGGUUACACCCCAAAGCCAGCACCUGGAGGUCGCGGCGCCUCUGUCCGUUAGUCCAGUCACUUCCGCCCAGUCGCCCCCCGCACCCGUUUACAACUCAGUGGUGAAUCAAAGCGUCGAGCAGAUGUGCAACCUUCUUCUAAAGGACCAGAAGCCAAAAAAGCAAGGGAAGUACAUCUGUGAGUACUGCAGCAGAGCCUGUGCCAAGCCCAGCGUGCUCCUGAAACACAUCCGCUCCCACACCGGGGAGCGCCCCUACCCCUGUGUGACCUGCGGGUUUUCAUUUAAGACCAAAAGCAACCUGUACAAGCACAAAAAGUCCCACGCACACACCAUCAAACUGGGCCUCGUCUUGCAGCCAGAUGCUGGCGGCUUGUUCCUGUCCCAGGAGUCCCCCAAAGCCCUGAGCAUCCACUCGGAUGCCGAGGACAGCGGGGAGAGCGAGGAGGAGGGUGCCCCCGAAGAGAGACCGAGCGACCCUGGUGCCAUGAAGCUGCAGCCGGUGCAGGUGACGAAGAGGCUGUCAGGCACUGAGGCUUUACUGGCCUCGAGUUCUGUCCUGGGCCGCGCAGACCGUGCAGUGGACAGAUCUGCAGAGUCUGUGACGGACUUACCCAAAGUGGUGGUCCACCCCAGCACCGUGUCCCCCGCGAGGACUGACGCCCCGAAGGCCGUCAGCCCCAAGCUUGAACUUGUGAGUGCCCAGAGGCACAAGGAGCUCCAGGUCCCACACGUGCUGUCACCCUCGGCCGGCGCGAGCCCCCUCGAGAUGGACGAGCAGUCCCACCGGAAAGGGGACGCGAGCCAGCCGGAGGGCAAAGCAGACGCUGCAGCGGGGACAGCGCACGCCCAGCUCCAGAGGCAGCAGGCCACCGACUGCUCGCAGGAGCAGCAGGGAAAGCUGCUGAGCCCUCGCAGCCUGGGGAGUACGGACUCGGGCUAUUUUUCCCGCUCCGAAAGCGCCGAUCAGGCGGUGAGCCCGCCCACGCCCUUUGCCAGGACGCUCCCAGCCCCCGAGCAAGACGCCAGCAAGGCUGCUGGGCUGCCCGGGCCUCGCGGCAGCGCGCCUGCACCCUCUGCUUUCCCGCCGGGGGACAGGGGUCAGCUCUUGCCAGGUCAGAUGCGCCCACCGCUGGCGACAAAGACCCUGGAGGAGCGGAUCUCCAAGCUCAUCUCGGACAAUGAGGCCCUGGUGGACAACAAGCAGCUGGACAGCGUCAAGCCCCGGAGGACGUCGCUCUCGCGGCGGGGGAGCAUCGACUCCCCCAAGUCGUACAUUUUCAAGGACUCUUUCCAGUUUGAUUUGAAGCCAAUGGGGCGGAGGACGAGCUCCAGCUCGGACAUCCCCAAGUCCCCGUUCACCCCCACCGAGAAAUCCAAGCAGGUGUUUCUUCUGUCCGUCCCUUCCCUGGACUGCUUGCCGAUCACCAGGAGUAACUCCAUGCCCACCACGGGUUACUCGGCGGUCCCUGCAAGCAUCAUCCCUCCCCCACAUCCUCUGCGAGGAAGCCAGUCGUUCGAUGACAAGAUCGGCGCGUUCUACGAUGACGUCUUCGUGUCUGGCCCUAACCCCUCCGUGCCCCCCAGCGGCCACCCCCGCACGCUGGUCAGACAGGCAGCGGUGGAAGACGCAUCCGCAGGGGACCACCAGGCGCUCGGCCCCGGGCAGCCCUCGGAGGAGAGCCUACACGGCUGCCAGGCCGCCGGCGAAGGUGUGGCAGCGGCCAGGGGCAAGGCGCCGGCCCCAGGCGCGCACCCAGAAAAGAAGAAGUCCCACCAAGGGCGGGGGACGAUGUUUGAGUGCGAAACCUGCAGAAACAGGUACCGGAAACUGGAGAACUUUGAAAACCAUAAGAAAUUUUACUGCUCGGAGUUACAUGGACCGAAGACCAAGGUGGCCCUGAGGGAGCCAGAGCAGAGCCUGGUGGCUGGCGGCGCGCAGCCUCAGAUGCUGCACUACCGAGUGGCCGGCUCCACAGGCAUCUGGGAGCAGACGCCGCAGGUCAGGAAGAGGCGCAAGAUGAAAAGCGUGGGCGACGAGGAGGAGCUCCAGCAGACAGAUGGCGGGGCAGCCCCGCAGAGCUGCGAGGCCCCCGCGUCUCAGAGCGCCCUGGGCUCCGCGCCCGCCGCGGCCCCCACGCGGGAGCCCCAGCGCAGAAGCACACACCUGCAGAGCUCCCAGGUCCAGCUGGCAGCCAGGGGCCUCGACCAGCCCGCGGACGCGAAGCUGACCACCAUCGCGGAGCAGCACCUGGGCCCGGCCGCCAUGGACAAGGGCGAGCUGGCAAGGAUCGGGAGUGGGAUCUCGGUCAUCCAGCACACCAACUCCCUGAGCAGGCCCGGCUCGCUUGACAAGCCCGAGCCUUCUGAAGGCGGGCCCCCCGGGUCCCUCCAGGAGCUGGGCAGGACGGGCAAGCCCGGGGCUCUGAAGGUAGUAGGGGGCUCCCAAGAGGAAGCCCACCCUUCUCGCGAAGCGGCGCCCCUUGCCCAGCCCGCGCCAGCGGGGCCCCUCAGAGGAGAGCCGCAGGAGGGCUCCAGGAAGAUGUCUGGUGAGCGGCACGUGUUGGGACAGCCCUCGAGACUUGUCCGGCAACACAACAUCCAAGUCCCGGAAAUUCUGGUCACCGAAGAACCAGAUCGGGACCUGGAAGCCCAGAGCCACGACCCAGAAAAAUCCGAGAAGUUCAGCUGGCCUCAGCGCAGCGAGACCCUGUCCAAGCUGCCCACCGAGAAGCUGCCGCCCAAGAAGAAGCGGCUGCGGCUGGCCGAGAUGGAGCGCUCCUCCACGGAGUCGAGUUUCGACUCCACCCUGUCCAGGAGCCUCAGCAGGGACAGCAGCUUGUCGCACACGUCAAGCUUCUCGGCCUCCUUCGACACGGAGGACGUCUCGCCCAAAGCCGAGUGUCUAAAUAAAGCGGAGUUUCUUUUGAUUCCGCCCGCCUCCAAUACUCUGAGCGUUCCCGGCGGUCCCCGGGAGAUGAGGCGCGCAGCCUCGGAGCAGAUCGGUUGCGUGCAGACGUCCAUGGAGGUCUCGGAUCUCAGAAGCAAGUCCUUUGACUGUGGAAGUGUGACUCCGCCCCGCCCGGCCCGGCUCCCGCUCCGGGAGCCACAGCCUUCUGCCUCCCCCGGGCACGUGCCACUCUUGGAGAGGCGGCGUGGCCCGCUGAUCCGGCAGAUUUCCUUAAACAUAGCUCCCGAAGGGCUUUCCUCUUCCUCGCCAGCACACCCAGCCAGCACAGUGCCGCUUCUGGUCCCCGCACUCCCCGCACCGCCUCUGCCCGAGUUCCCCGCACCAGGUAAGGACCUGCGGCCAGAAGCAGCGAAUUCCGGCUCCAGUAGCAUCCUUCCCGGGCAACAGAUUUUCGGCACCAAUCUGCUAAAUCGAAGCCAUGCACCCCUCAGCCGCCAGAACGCUCAGUCGGCCCCGCACGUGUCUUCACAGGGCGACCACCCAGGUGCAGGUCCUGGUCCACGAGACGCCUCCAAAAACGAGGACUGCUUUGCUCCCAAAUACCAGCUUCAUUGUCAGGUUCUGGCUUCAGGCAAGUCUUCCCCCUCCAGUCCCGCCCACGCUUUGCCAAAUCAAGCCCUGUCCGAUCCAGCCGGAGUGGAUCAUGGCGCCAUGGCGGCGGUGUUACCCAGCGAGUUAGGAGAUCUCAGGUCAAGGUCAUGUCCUCGCCCCCCGCCGGAGCUGGGGCCCCUGGGCGGUCAGGGGCAGAAGGUGCCGCCCUCCUUCGUCCUGCCUGUGCCUCUUCAUGGCAGUGUGCCCGCCUACUGUUUCCCUGCCGUGACCUCUCUGCCACAAAUCCUAGUGACCCAGGAUUUGUCCAGUCAGCCAAUUUGCCAGGCUAAUCCUAGUAUCGUGCCAGUCAGCGAAGAGCUGAACUCCGUGCCAAGAUCACAAAAGGAUGAGCAGACGGCUUUGCCAAACUCCAAGAAGGAACUUGUCUGCGAUCUUGCUUUCUCAGAGCCGGGCCCGAGUCCUGUCUUGGAAUCCUCAGCCCUGACUCCGAAGAUGUCCGUGGGCAGGCUUUCCCCCCAGCAGGAGUCUUCAGCUUCCAGUAAAAGGAUGCUCUCCCCGGCCAACAGUUUGGACAUUGCCAUGGAGAAACACCAGAAGCGGGCGAAAGAUGAAAAUGGAGCCGUGUGUGCCCCCGAGGCCAGGCCGCCCGAGCCACCGAGUUCCAGAGCCGGUGAGGUCAACAAGCAGAAGAAACCCGUCCUGGUGAGGCAGGUGUGCACCACCGAGCCCCUGGAUGGCGCCGCCGCCGCGGCGGAACAGGGGGCGUUUUCUCAACCCGACGUUAGCAGCGGCGCGUCUGUUCAUUUGACGGAUGUUUUGCCGGCUGAUAGUUCCUCCUCGGGACCCGUAAGUGAAGCGCAGGAGUCUGAGAGCAUCAAGUCCCCCGCACCCUCAGGAAAUUCUCCCGUCCGUCCAGAAACCACUCACGUUUCUCCUCCACAGUGCGCACGUGGUGACCAAGAAAGGAAGUCCCCAGGGGUCCGAGUGACCGGCCAAGAUCCAAGGCAGCUAGCAGGGACCACUCUCCCACUGGGUGACACCAGGGACACGCAGCAGCUGGCCUUCCCCAGCCUCAAGACGGCAACCGGCUUUACGUGGUGUUACCUGUCAAGGCGGAAGUCACUGCCGUGGCCUCAGCGUGACCAGAGGACGUCGGCCUAUUCCGACUGGACCGUCAGCUCCAGGGAUCCAAACCCACUUGGUUUGCCUACAAAGGUUGCUCUUUCUCUUCUUAACUCCAAGCAGAAGACUGGAAAAUCGCUGUAUUGUCAAGCAAUAACCACCCAUUCAAAAUCAGAUCUGUUGGUCUAUUCGAGCAAGUGGAAAAGCAACUUAGGCAAGAGAGCAUUAGGUAAUCAAAAGUCCACAGUAGUUGAAUUCAGCAAUAAAGAUGCCUCUGAAAUUAACAGUGAGCAAGAUAAAGAAAAUUCCUUAAUCAAAAGUGAACCGAGAAGAAUUAAAAUAUUUGAUGGAGGAUACAAAUCAAAUGAAGAGUAUGUCUAUGUCCGAGGCAGGGGAAGAGGAAAGUACAUUUGUGAAGAAUGUGGAAUACGUUGUAAGAAACCUAGCAUGUUAAAGAAACACAUACGGACCCACACAGAUGUCCGCCCCUACCACUGCACUUACUGUAACUUCUCCUUUAAGACCAAAGGAAAUCUGACAAAACACAUGAAGUCCAAGGCACAUAGCAAGAAAUGUGUGGAUUUAGGCGUCUCAGUAGGUUUAAUAGAUGAACAAGAUACAGAAGAAUCAGAUGAAAAGCAGAGGUUCAGUUAUGAGCGGUCCGGCUAUGACCUGGAAGAAUCGGAUGGCCCCGAUGAGGAAGAGAACGAGAACGAAGAUGAUGACGAAGACAGCCAGGCCGAGUCGGUCCUGUCGGCCGCACCCUCGGUUCCAGCCAGCCCCCAGCACCUUCCCUGCCGAGGCGGCCUGCCGGAGCCGGUGAGCGCUGACGAGGACAGCAGGACGCCCGACUGCUGCUCGGGGCUGCACGCCGACCCCAUGGACGUGCUGCCCCGGGCGCUGCUCACCAAGAUGACGGUGCUGAGCGCCGUGCGAUCCGGCUGCGGCCGGAAGACGGACUCACCAGUGAAGGCCAGGCUGCCUGCUGCCAAGGACGAGGGCCGGGGGCCGCCUGGUGCAGACCCCGCCCCCAGAGCUGCGCCGCGGUCCCCGUGUCGGCAGAUGUCCGUGGACUACCCUGAAGCAGAGGAAAUUCUCAGCAGUCCUGCGGCGGGAAAGAACUUGUCCCCUGCGGGACUGCCCGCCGCCAGCCCGCACAGCCCCUCGCCUGCAGCGGGGGUGCCGGCCCAGGCCUCGCCUCGUCCGGACACACAAGAGCAGAAGCAGCAGGCCACGCAGCGCCCGACUCCCGGCUCACCCUCGCCCUCGCCCCAGACGCACCUGUUCAGCCACCUGCCGCUGCAUUCGCAGCAGCAGUCCCGAACACCUUACAACAUGGUCCCCGUCGGGGGCAUCCACGUGGUCCCCGCCGGCCUCACCUACUCCACCUUUGUACCCAUUCAGGCGGGGCCCAUGCAGCUGGCCAUCCCCGCCGUGAGUGUCCUCCACAGGACCAUGGGCACCCCUGCGGAUGCUGCGGCAGAAGCGCCCGGCACCGCGCAGCCCCCCAGCAGCGUCGUGCCCUGCAUUCCCAUUGGCCAGAUCCGGGUGCCUGGCCUGCAGAGGCUGAGGCCGCCGGGCAGCCUGGAGACGGUCAGCAUCGUGGGCCUGGCCGGCGGCAGCGUGGGCCCACAGGUGCAGCCGCCGGGCCUGGCGCUCAACGCCGUGGGGCUGCAGGUUCUGGCCGCAAACCCUGCCUCGCAGAGCGGCGCCGCCCCGCAGGCCCACAUCCCCGGGCUGCAGAUCUUGAACAUCGCCUUGCCUGCGCUGAUCCCCUCGGUCAGUCAGGUGCCCGUGGACGCCCACGGGGCCCCCGAGCUGCCAGUCUCCCAGAGCAAAGCGCGCGACACACAACCCAAGCAGACUGAUGUAGCCCCCGCCAACCAGGGCAGCAGGACCGAGUCUCCUCAGGGGUCGCCGGGAGCCCCGCCGGAGCCACCUGUGCCCGAGGGCGCAGGUGCAGCGGGCGCGGAGCACCAGACGCCCCGGCCGGAGCUGCCGUCGGCUCAGGGCCAGCCGGCAGCCCCGGACAGCCAGGCGCCCCGGCCGGCGCCGCCACCCCGCAGGCCGCCCGCCGCACCGCUGAGCGACGCCAGCAGCGACGACGAGGACCGGCUGGUGAUCGCGACCUAGAGGUUCUUUUCUAUCGUUUGUCCUUUUCUAAUAACACUUGCAGGUGUCUUUGAAAGCCCUCCUUUCCUUAAAGCACAUUUUUCUGACAUGAACUCAUGACUAAUCUUUGUGCAAUCAUGAACUUUUGACCAAUAAUUGUUUUGUGUCAGCUCCAGCCAUUUUGUACAUGUUGUAUAGACAAUUGUGCCUUUUAGGAGUUUUAUGUUUAGCUACUGUACAGUUUGUUGAAUAUCUAUAUACAUAAAAAAUAUAUUCUAUAUGUCGAUGAGAACAGGCAGUUACUUGUGUUUAGUAAGAAGAACCUGUCCAAUAAAUCAGCUGAUUAAAUUAUAUGUUGCACUGUUAAAUGCGGAUUUCUCUGGCCGUGGGGCAGUUUCUGCGUGUGAAUUAGUAUGUAAACUCCAUAUUUAUUGUGUUCCUAUUAGUCUCUGAGAAUGGUCUGCCCUACAGUGUAAGACAGCGACUACACUGCAGACAGAUUCUCUGUGUUCCGAAACGUUUCAGUAAAAUACUGUUCGCUGACUUC